AUGGCUCCUGGAGAGCUGACCAAUCGCGAUGGUGCAGAUUCCGCCUUCCCCACUCACACAGACGCAGCCGAGUCGCGCAGCAGUGUCACAACAGAGACCGUUGACGGCGAGACUCGCGUCAACGAGGGUCUUCGCCUUAGGAAGCUGCGGCUCGGCAAAGACGACCAGAAACGACAAACUCUCCACGUGCCUAGGCCGCACAUGCGCUCCGCGGCGGACUCCGCGAAUUCAUCCUCGUUACAAGCAACCCCAGAACCGGUGUCGCCCGUCGGCCGACUGUUCUUGGACGACGGUUUCUACACGACGAUUCUAUGCGUGCUGGAGUUUAAGAACGAAAUGGAGAUUAAAGAGCUAAGGGACAUCCUGCAGCACACGCUACUGCAACACCCGCGCUUCCACAGCCGCCUGGUCUCUAGCCCUGGUGGCGUGCCAGCGUGGGUGCUCAUGGAUGCUGCUGACGUGGAUCUAGAGUACCAUGUCGUGGAAGAGGGAGCUGCUGACGUGGAUACGUCUCAGUGCCACUCUCUGCCUCCGUUCGAUCCCAACCGUCCGCUCUGGCAGGUGCAUCUCAUUCACCUGCCAGCUGGCAGCCGUCCAGGCGAGCCACCUCAGCGCCACUCUGCAGCUGUGUUCAGGAUCCAUCAUGCACUGGGCGACGGAAUAUCUCUCAUGUCUCUCCUCCUGGCCGCCACCCGCCAAACCAACAAUCCGGACCUUCUUCCGAGCCUACCGGGGAGCUUGGGUGCGUCCGCCAGGCAAAAGAGCAGCAGCAGCAACGGCAGUAACGGCAUCAACGGGGGAAGCAGCAAGGAGAAAGAGGCACCGGCAGAAGUUUCCAGGAAACCGAGGUCGUUCCGAGGGUUAUUGGCGCUGCUGUGGGCUGCGCUUGUGCAUGUGGUGCUGGCUGUGUGGCGGGCAGUGCAAUUGGCUGUCAACACAACAACGCAGAUCAUCGAGUACCUGUCAAUGCUUGUGUGGGUUGCCGACACACCAACGCCCAUCAAGGGAGGGCCCCACCUGCACGGCCACGCCCUGCCGCGCUGCUUCGCCGUAUCGGAUGAAAUGAGCCUGGAGGAUGUUUCAGCCAUACGCAAGACAGUGAACGGCGCGACGGUCAAUGACGUCAUGCUGACGGUGAUCUCAGGUGGAAUAGAGCGCUACCUUGCUCUUGUCAGCUCCACAAACGGAGGGUCUCCAUUGCCUCUCCGGCUGCGGGUCAGUGCAUUGGCGCUUUUCAACCUGCGACCAGCACCGGGCCUGCAGGAACUGAGUGAGCUUAUGGCCGGGCAGAGAUCUCAAGCACGGUGGGGCAACCACCUUGGGAAUAUCCUGCUGCCACUGCCUAUCUUCAGCAGAGUGCAGGGACGGAACUACCGGCCGAGCCAACAAAGCGAUUCAAACAAGCCAAGCUGCAGGGGGGGAGAGGGGGAAUGCGAGGGGAGAGGGACGAAGGAGGAGGUGGAGAGGCUGGGAGCAGUGAGGGCGCUGUGUGCUUCGAGGAAGGACUCUCUGAUGGCCCAUUGGACGUACCUGAACGGGCGUUUAUUGAUGCCACUCGUGGGAUGCAAGCCAGUAGCAGCACUCACGCGGCGCAGUUUGGAUCAAACCACCCUAUCGCUCUCCAAUGUGGUGGGGCCUCUAGAGGAGGUGGCACUGCACGGCCAUCCCAUCUCUGCCAUCCUUCCUUCUGUCUACGGCAGUAACCAUGCACUAACCUGUCACAUCCAAACGUACAAGGGUGCUGCUCGCAUAGUCGUGUCUGGCGUGAAGCAGCAUGUGCCCAACCCACACCUGCUCUGCCAGUGCUUCUUAGAGGCCUUUCAGCAACUCAAAGAAGAGGCAAAGACGACCGUCUAG